UUAAAAAAGUGUGGAUGACAAGUAGAGUUGUUUGGUGGUGAAUAAAUAAAAGAAGACUAAACUACACUGACCUUGUCAGCGACUUUAUUGCUGGCGCCGUAAAGAAAAGGGACGGCUCUACAUACUAGUAGUAAUACUACAGCCAGGGCAUCGUGGUGAUUGAAGACGUUCUGCGCUGGUGAUAGCUAUUAAGAUAUAUACGAUGGCUCCAACAAAGAAAGGUGGAGAGAAAAAGAAAGGCCGUUCUGCCAUCAAUGAGGUGGUGACGAGGGAAUACACCAUCAAUGUCCACAAGCGCAUCCAUGGGGUGGGUUUCAAGAGGCGGGCUCCCCGUGCCCUCAAGGAGAUCCGCAAAUUUGCCAUGAAGGAGAUGGGAACUCCUGAUGUUCGCAUUGAUACCCGUUUGAACAAAGCAAUGUGGACGAAAGGUGUAAGGAACGUUCCAUACCGGGUUCGUGUGCGUUUGUCCAGGAAGCGUAAUGAGGACGAAGACUCUCCCAACAAACUGUACACCCUGGUUACAUACGUUCCUGUUACCACAUACAAAGGUCUGCAGACGGUCAACGUUGAUGAGAACUAAAUUCUGUUGAAUCGAAAGAAAAAAAUAAAAUGUAUAAAACAAA